AUGGAACGACCAGCCUACCUCGUUGUGAUGGCAUUCGAUAGUCGGCCUCGCUUGCGUGAUGGACCGGCCACUCAACGAAGGUGCGGACGCCACAAUAUCUGGUCUUCACACAUCGACUCUCACGGAGAUGCCGUGAUGCCAGACUGAGGAGAGCCAUUGGUUCAUGGCCAUACGAGGAUGGGACGCCGGUUUCCAGGACGCGCUUGAUGAGGAUACCGAAGAUGGAACAGAGAGUUGUCGAGGUCAGAAAUGCCAUGUAUAAAACCCUCUUUCCAUCCUCCCAUCAACACAAUCCAUCACCAUCACCAUCAACAUCACAAUCACAACACCAGUUGACAAAACAUCCAAACACUCAAACAACUUCCAUUCUUCAUCAUUGCCCAUCAUGUCCAACAUCGACUUUGUCCAAGCUCUCAAGACCUCCAAGGCCCCCGGCGCUUCUUGGAGGCUCCCCGAUGUCAAGGGCUUGGCCUCAAAGCCAGAGUCUGGGUUGCUUGAGGAUGGUUGCCAUACCGAAGAAUCUGUCUUUGAUCCAGACAACCGCGAGAAGGUUCACCCUAGAGACUUUGCGGACGGUGGAAAGUAUCGCUCUAUCAUCAAGCUUGCCAUGCGCUAUGAGGGAAUGGGUGCUGGUGAUAACCGCUGGGCUAUCGGCACUGGCUACCUUGUCGCCUCCGACACUUUUGUUACUGCCGGCCACUGCGUCUUCCACCGCGGCGAUGAUGGUCACGGUCUCGGUCGUCUCACUCACAUGAAAUGUUUCAUCGGAUACCACGGGAAAGACUCGGCUAGCGAUCCAUCCGUCCAAUUCCGCUCUGCCGCCAAGGUCGUCACCACAUCCAAGUACAUCAUUGAUGGCGAUCGUCGCCGUGAUGUUGCCUUUGUCAAGGUUGACCAGCCCUUCGACGGCAACCUUAACCUCUUCAAGUACCAGGACACACCUCUCAAGGAUAGCACUCUCCUGGGCGUCAUCGGCUAUCCGGGAGACAAGUCAAUGAACAACGAGAAAGGCGCCGAGAUGUAUGAGCUUGUCGAGCAAGUCGCAUUUGACUUGAAUGUCAGCCAAAGGAACAUGCUCGAAUACCCAAUUUCGACUGCCGGAGGUCAGUCUGGCGCUCCUGUCCUCAAAUUCAAGUUCAGCGGUAGUCGCGUAGUGCCGGAUGCUGUUAUUGGCACCCAUUGCUACGGCGGAUCUGGUAACAACUCUGCCAGCGUCAUUGGCGGUCAGUACGGUAACGACUACAAGGCGCUCCUAGCCGGUCUCCCAAAGAACGGCAGUCCUUUGGUCACGGAUAUAAGCCAGGGUAUUCUUGGCGUGAAGCCCGUGGACCAGGUUGACCUCGAUGAGGCGGAGGGAUUCCUUGACGUCUUGAAGGACAUUGGCCGCGUUGUCGCGCCCAUCGCCCAACAAGGUCUUUCGUUUGCUUCGCCUUUUCUCGGCCCUCUAGGAGGCCCCGUCUCUGCCAUUGGUGGCAUUGCCCUUGGCGCGCUAAGCAAAGUUUGUGAGGAAUCUGCUUUGGACGAAGACCAGGCGCCAUCCUACAAGCUUGAGGACGGUAUAGCGCAACGUGCUGUCCUAGCUGAAGCUGCACUUCAGACUGUUCUCCGUAUGGAGCGCAGCCCAGCCAACAAGCGCAUCAUGGACAACAUGCAAGCCAAGUAUAAAGGUAGCCGGUUCGAUUCGGAGAAGGCCAACAAGCUUGGUACCAAAUUGGUUCCUCUACUGUCCCAGGCCGGCCUUCAUCUUGCCAUCAACGAGAACCUCGCCACUGGCAGGAAGCAAGUCAGUGGCGUAAAGAAGGUCCCCAAGCCCACAGGACCCGAGGCUGACGGCCUCGAGGCCGGCGACCCGCAAAUUGCUGGCUUCAUUAACGCUGUUACUCAGACGGAGGUCAAGCAAUACACAAGUGUGGGCAAGAUUGAUGAUGCCGAAUCUGAGUUCUUCGACAACCUCAGUGCUUUCAUUGGCAAAGCUUUUCGGGCUAGUAAGCCUGCGCUGAUUGACGGUGCUCGGGCUGUCCUUACCACUGGCCAGAAGCAGCUCGACGAUUACCUCUCCAAGAAGUCUGCAUCACCCGAAACCGACCUUUCGGCCCCGCCCAACCCUACUGACAAGAACCGUCCGAUUACAGAUGCCAAGGCCGCUGGUUUGCUAGCUCAUCGUGCCGUUUUGGCCGAAUGUGCACUCCAAGCCGUUCUGGAGGCCAAAAAUGGCGAUCUUCAGGAGAGUGUUAUCCUCGGUGAUAGCGGUUCCGCCGAGCCCGAGUCUUUCUUUGACGGAUUGCUCAAGACAGUCCAGAUGAUGGGCUCGGCUGUGGUCAAGGUUGCUCCCAAGGUUUUGGACGUGGCGUUGCCGAUUUUGCUUGACACGGUCAAGGGCCAUGCUCGUGCCGAGUCCAUCUUUGAUACUCCUGUGGUUCCUCCUCCUGCUCCGCGCCCCAAUGGCGUCAAGGCUGCAAGUGGGGGCUUUGCAAGUAUGAACACCGCGAGUGCUAAUGGGGGAGAUGGUGAAGGUGGUGGCCGUGACAAGCUCCUCUUCAUCCAGGGUCACUUUGUCCCGAACGUUUGAAUGAGUUCGAGGUUCUCUUGGGCGCGUGGGGGGGUGUCUGUCGAUUCUUGACGGAUGGAUGACUGUAAUUGUGGAAGGUGUCCGGGAGUGCGGAACAAGAAGGGCAUUGUGGCUUAGGCUGGCCCUAAGCAUCUCGUUUUGGUUGUCUUCGGUCAUGUUUCUGUUUGAAUUUUGUUCCUGGUUAUUAAGUAUCGCAAUAAUAUUCUUCUAGGCCUAGCAUGCAUGGUCCCUUCGUUGCCUUGCUCCUCGCGAGUGGUUGUCCUGCCACCUACUUGACCUUCCGCCAUUCUACC